AAUGAAAACUGUUCUACGUGCUUGUUCUUCAGGGAAUCCGGUAUUUAAGGAAAAUAGAGGAAAGCAUACUGAACGUCCAAACAAAUUAUCUCGUGAUGUGUGGACUAAAGUAGAAGAACAUUGGGCCAAAUUUCCAAGCAAGCAAUCACAUUAUAGCAGGGGCCACACAGAACGCAAGUAUUUUGAGAAUCCUGAUUUAAAUGUGAAGAAAAUGUUCAUUGCCUUCCAGCAAUACUAUUUUGAUAGUACAGGUAAGACACUUACUAUGAAAUACUCCACAUAUCACAGAUACUUCAGAGAAAAUAGUCCAUAUUGUUUUAGACAGCCAAGGACCGACGUGUGUGACUUUUGUACUGAAUCUAAAACUCUGUUGGAUAUUAAUCCGAAUGAUCCGCGUAAAACCACAUAUAGGUUACAUUUAGCCAAGCUUGAAAAAUACAAAACCUUAAAACAAGAGUACUUAGCAAAAGUAAAAGGCAAUACAAUGCAAGAUGACACAUUAGUAAUACAGUUUGACUAUGGACAAAAUCUACCAAUCCCUAAACUUAAUGUUACAUCCCAAUUCUACAAAAGGUUAUUGUGGUUGAAUGUGUUCAACGUUCACUGCCAUAAUGAUUCAGCCAGUACCUUUUAUUGUUUUCCAGAGUGUGACGCAAAGAAAAAUGCCAACUCAGUUUGUAGCUUUGUCUACCACUUCACCUGUGAAAAAAUGAAAUCUUACAAAAAUAUUAAGAAUAUAAUAUUUUUAUCGGAUGCUGCAGGAGGCCAGAAUAAAAAUAUUACUGUUUUGAGAUUUUGUUCUUGGUUGUCCCAAAUAACCAAAGUGAAAGUAACUCACAUGUUUCCUGUACGCGGACACUCGUAUUGCCAGUGCGAUCGGAAUUUUGGACUUUAUGGCACACUUUUAAAGAGACUGGAAAGUAUUGAAACAGUAGAGGAUUAUCUAACGAUCAUAAAGUCUGCUCGAAAUAGCCCGUCACCUUUUCAGGUUCUCAUGGCUGCUCAUCUUGUUGAAGACUGGUCGACAGCGUUAGAGCCUUUGUUUCACAAAGUUCCGAAAUCAAAACGUAGCAAAUUUUCAAAACAGAAGUAUGUGAUCCUUACCUUUCCUACUACAGGGGCACUGGCAGUAUCGGCUUCCUACAAUGCUAUUUUUGAGCCGUUCAUUUUCUCAGUCGGUUUUGGUAUGAAGUCAAAAGAAGAGCUUUACCUCAAAAAACCGGCACGCCCUGGUUUGAAGGAGUCCAAGAAAAAUUAUGUUCUUUCUCUCUUGAAAUUCUUGAAACCAGAAAAUGCUGAAAGCCUCAAAGGUCUACUAGAGUACACGACUGUGCCGGAAGAAGACAUAGGAAGUGAAAGUGAAAAAAGUGGUGAAAGUGAGAAUGAUGUUUGACAUUCAUCACUAAUAUAUAAGAACAGCUAGUUUAUAUGUUAUUUAGCUACGAUAUAUUUAAUCAGUGCAAAAA